CCACGUUCCCGACCACCACCACAUUCCCCACCCCCCGCCCCAUCUACCAAAUCGCCGCUCAGAAGCGCGGCCGGCUAGUGGGUGGAGGUUUGGCUCUUUCCUGGUUGAGAGAAGUUACUUCACACACUCCCCUCCUUAAAGAACGUUUAAAUUGUCGCGACGAUGUUUUAUCAUAUUUCUCUGGAACAUGAGAUUCUGCUGCACCCUCGAUAUUUUGGUCCUAACCUGCUGAACACUGUCAAACAGAAGCUCUUCACUGAGGUCGAGGGAACUUGCACUGGAAAGUAUGGUUUUGUCAUUGCCGUCACCACUAUAGACAACAUUGGUGCUGGUGUAAUUCAGCCAGGCCGUGGAUUUGUGCUCUAUCCUGUCAAGUACAAGGCCAUAGUCUUCCGGCCAUUUAAAGGGGAGGUGGUUGAUGCUGUGGUCACUCAGGUCAACAAGGUUGGACUUUUCACAGAAAUUGGGCCCAUGUCCUGCUUCAUCUCGAGACAUUCAAUUCCAUCGGAAAUGGAGUUUGAUCCCAAUUCCAACCCUCCCUGCUACAAGACCAGUGAUGAGGACAUUGUUAUCCAACAAGAUGAUGAGAUUCGACUGAAGGUAGUAGGAACUAGAGUCGAUAAGAACGACAUAUUUGCUAUUGGCUCUCUGAUGGAUGACUACUUAGGGUUGGUGAGCUAAAGUUGAUGUUGGGCCUCCGAAGGUGAAACGGGCACCACCCAGAGACGAUCCCAUUUCUUCCCCAAUGCGUCAUCCCUGUUUGAGCAUUCGCUCGCUGGGGGGGCCCCUACCUGUGGUUGCAUUACAAUUAUCACACCGAAGCUCCUGGUUCAAGCUGGGUCUGAGACGACGGCCUCAUUUGACAACUUGGAGAUACGCUUUCAUCAGGGAGUACCUCCCUCUCUGUGCAAAAAUCUACCCUAAACUGAAUUCGACGUGGCGCUCCCGCUCUCUCCUUCUGACAUUGGGCACGCCUUUGUGUUGUCUCUUUACACACGCAACCCCUCAGCUUCUACUUGCUGCCUUUCAAUAGUGACUCAGUAAAACUACAAGAAUGGCCCCUAGACCAGUAUGAUCAGUAAGUGAUUGAUACCUGUUAUAAUGACUCAUUCUGUACCCAGGCAACCUGGAACACAAACCGUAAGUACUGAAUCUGCCUCCUGCUUUGGGCCACACCAGUGGGCUGCAAGUACGUUCAAACUAGCUCCCCUUCCAGUACCCGAAAUGACAAGAUAUGACCAUUGCCAUUUGUACUGGAGAAUUUGUCAGGUUUGGGGGGUGUGGGUGACUGAUUUUUUUUUUUUUUUAAACCAUUGCACCAGUCACCUUCCACACUUCAUCUUCUGCUGAUCAGUUUGUCUGGGACUUAGGCUGUGAUCUGCGUGCUUUUGAGGUCUGACACUGUGCUGGUGAAUACAAAUGGAGAUUUGAGAUUCACGUGUCUUUUUAAAGCAUUCCUUAUUCUUUUGAAUAAAAGAAGUGGUAGGUUAUUCUAAUAAAGAAAGUGUGAUUGCACUGGAAAA